AUGGUAGACGACGUGAUAAACGGUUUGGAAAACAUGAAAUUAACUACAGAAGAGGAAGAAGUGAUAGAGAUUUCAGAUGAGGGAAUAAAGGACGAGAUAGAGAGUUGCACCCAGAGCUUGAUAGGAAAAUUUCUAACGUGCAAAUCCGUUAACAAAAGGGCGGCUAUCUCCAUGCUGAAGAAGGCCUGGGGACUUGAGGAUCGAGUUCAGUUCGUGGAGGUGGGUUCAAAUCUUCUCCAAUUCAAAUUCCAAGAAAAGUUUGAUAUGGAGAGGAUACUCAGAAGUGGGCCUUGGACUUUUGAUAACCAGGCACUCUUGCUAACUAGAUGGAGGAAGGGUAUGACGGUGAGGAAUGUGAAGUUUGACUCGAUCUCUAUGUGGGUCCAAAUAUGGGAUGCCCCGUUUGAUAUGACAUCUCCCAUGGUGGCUAAAGCGGUGGGGAGUAAAAUAGGUAUAGUGGAAGAGGUUGAGAAGAAGUUGAAACAUGAAGCCUAG